AUGCAACACAGCAAGCAACACAUGAUGCAACACAGCAGGCAACACAGUCGGCAACACAUGAAGCAACACAUGAGGCAACACAUGAGGCAACACAUGAAGCAACACAUGAGGCAACACAUGAGGCAACACAUGAAGCAACACAUGAGGCAACAGAUGAAACAACACAGCAGGCAACACAUGAGGCAACACAUGAGGCAACACAUGAAGCAACACAGCAGGCAACACAGUCGGCAACACAUGAAGCAACACAUGAGGCAACACAUGAAGCAACACAGCAGGCAACACAUGAAGCAAUACAGCAGUCAACACAGCAGGCAACACAGCAGGCAACACAGCAGGACACAUGAAGCAACACAGCAGGCAACACAUGAAGCAACACAGCAGGCAACACAUGAAGCAACACAGCAGGCAACACAUGAUGCAACACAGCAGGCAACACAUGAAGCAACACAGCAGGCAACACAUGAAGCAACACAGCAGGCAACACAGCAGGCAACACAUGAAGCAACACAGCAGGCAACACAUGAAGCAACACAGCAGGCAACACAGCAGGCAACACAUGAAGCAACACAGCAGGCAACACAUGAAGUAACACAGCAGGCAACACAUGAUGCAACACAGCAGGCAACACAUGAUGCAACACAGCAGGCAACACAUGAAGUAACACAGCAGGCAACACAUGAUGCAACACAGCAGGCAACACAUGAUGCAACACAGCAGGCAACACAUGAUGCAACACAGCAGGCAACACAUAAAGUAACACAGCAGGCAACACAUGAUGCAACACAGCAGGCAACACAUGAAGUAACACAGCAGGCAACACAUGAUGCAACACAGCAGGCAACACAGCAGGCAACACAUGAUGCAACACAGCAGGCAACACAUGAUGCAACACAGCAGGCAACACAUGAUGCAACACAGCAGGCAACACAUGAUGCAACACAGCAGGCAACACAUGAAGCAACACAGCAGGCAACACAUGAUGCAACACAGCAGGCAACACAUGAAGCAACACAGCAGGCAACACAUGAAGCAACACAGCAGGCAACACAUGAAGCAACACAGCAGGCAACACAUGAAGCAACACAGCAGGCAACACAUGAAGCAACACAUGAAGUAACACAGCAGGCAACACAUGAUGCAACACAGCAGGCAACACAUGAUGCAACACAGCAGGCAACACAUGAAGUAACACAGCAGGCAACACAUGAAGCAACACAGCAGGCAACACAUGAUGCAACACAGCAGGCAACACAGCAGGCAACACAUGAAGCAACACAGCAGGCAACACAGCAGGCAACACAUGAAGUAACACAGCAGGCAACACAUGAUGCAACACAGCAGGCAACACAUGAUGCAACACAGCAGGCAACACAUGAAGCAACACAGCAGGCAACACAUGAUGCAACACAGCAGGCAACACAUGAAGCAACACAGCAGGCAACACAUGAAGCAACACAGCAGGCAACACAGCAGGCAACACAUGAAGCAACACAGCAGGCAACACAGCAGGCAACACAUGAUGCAACACAGCAGGCAACACAUGAAGCAACACAGCAGGCAACACAUGAUGCAACACAGCAGGCAACACAGCAGGCAACACAGCAGGCAACACAUGAUGCAACACAGCAGGCAACACAUGAUGCAACACAGCAGGCAACACAUGAAGGAACACAGGAGGCAACACAUGAAGCAACACAGCAGGCACCACAUGAAGGAACACAGCAGGCAACACAGCAGGCAACACAGCAGGCAACAUAG